AUGUUUUGCCGCCGCGGUGGCUUCCGACAGAAAUUAGUCCACGUCACCCUGAGGGGAACGCUGUACGGCUCAUGGCUCCUGGGACUAUUCCCUUUCACCUACGACAGCUGGACAAGGAAAUUGCAUCGUUCCAAGUGGCUAAUUGGGUAUGGCAUCGUACUCAAUGUGGCCAUCGUGACCCUGAUCCUGGCCAACGACACGGAGGCGAAUACACCCGCGCGGAUGGAGGUCUUUCAGCGCAAUCCCCUGGCCGAGCAAAUGAAUUCCGUUCACGAUUUCCACAGCCUCUCCAUGGUGGUGCUUAUGCUGUUGCGCUGCUACUGGCGCAGCGAGGACAUUGCCAAGAUCCUCAACGAGCUGAUGGAUCUCCAGUGGUGCCACUUUCGUCACUAUUCCCUGGACGAUUGCUGCAAAUUCGAUAACUUUGUGCUGCACAAGGGCUUGUCCGUGGGGCUGGAAGUCUGUUCUAUGCUCAUUAUGGAACUGGGAAUGUAUCCCAAGUACAGCCUGCAGCUGUUUCUGGGUGUCAUCGGCCUAUGCGCGAUCGUUAUGGUGGCCCUGCUGGGCGCCUCGCACUUUCACCUCGCCGUCGUCUACAUCUACCGCUGUGUGUGGAUAGUGAACCGAGAGCUGCUACGAUUCGCCAACCAGCUGGCAGAGGGCGAAACAGUUGACCCCGCUGGGGUGGACAGACUUCUCGGCCUGUACAGUCGCCUGCUGGAGCUGAACCAUCGCCUGGCCGAGAUCUAUGACUACCAGAUGGUGCUGGUGAUGGUGAGCUUCCUGGCCGCCAACGUGCUGGGCAUCUACUACUACAUAAUCUUCAGCAUCAGCUUGCACAAGGACAUGGACAUCAUCCUGUUGUUCAUUGUGCCCCAGGCCCUGUUCAUCAACAUGUACGACUUUUGGCUUUCCAUCGCCGUGUGCGAUCUGGCAGAGCGAACGGGCAGGAAGACCUCUACGAUCCUCAAGCUCUUCAAUGACAUUGAGAACUUGGAUGUCUCACUGGAACGAAGUAUCUCGGACUUUGCUCUCUUCUGCAGCCAUCAAAGGCUCAGGUUCCGUCACUGUGGGCUGUUCUAUGUGAACUAUGGAAUGGGUUUCCGCAUGGCCAUUACCAGCUUCCUCUAUCUGCUGUUCCUCAUUCAGUUUGAUUUUAGCAAUCUCUGA